AUGUCCGCGCCUCAGUCGGUCAGCGACUCCGUCCUGGGCUUGACUCAAGCCGAGCUCUAUCUCCUCCGGCAACAGCAACAGAUCUUGGCUCAGCGGAGCCAUCAAAGCGGUGGCAUGCCCGACCGUGGCCGAGGCUCGAGCAGGCAAUCCCAGCCCAGUUCCCGUGCCGCCAGCGCCGCCAGCAGUCAAGGGGUGCCUGGCCGGAUCAUGCUGGAUCCGCACAGCCUGCAGGCCCUGCAUCUGCAGCUGGACAAUCUGAUGAGGAGCAUCCAGCGCCGCAUUGGACAACUGGAGGAAGCUACCGAACAGUCCGUGCAGACCCACAGCAGUCGAGCCAACGGUGCCAUGCAAGAUGCAGACGCCCAAAUCGCCCGAAUGCGCCGCAUCCUAAGGGAGAUCGACGCCCUGGAGGCGGACUUUGAGAUGGUCAAGAAAAUCAGAGACAAGGUCAAGCAGCUAAGAAACCACGUCGACCAGGUCGGCGACCGCCUAGAACGGAGUCGCCCCAGCGGCCACGCGGCUGGAGGCCGUCCGCGGCGAUGA